GCGGUCCAGCUCGGCCGGGCGCACGGACGCACCGCCGAGCCGACGGCCGGUGGGACGGGGCGCAGGCGCUGGGCCGGCGGGCAGCGAGCGCGAGCCAGAGCCGCGCUCAGUGAGUCGGGCGCCCGCUGCUGCCAGACUCCCGAGUGGCGCCCUCCCGCCGGUGCCAGAACCGGGCCAUGGGGGGCAGCAUGCUGGCGCGCGCCGCCUGAGGACGUCGUAACACCCUCCCCAGCUAUGGGCGCCCCGGCUUGCGCCCUCGCGUUCUUUGUGGCCGUGGCAGUCGUGAUGACCGGCGCCGUCUCCGGGUCCCCGGGCAUGGAGCAGCGCGUCGUGCGGAGAGCAGCAGAGGUCCCGGGCCCUGAGCCUGGCCAGCAGGAGCUGGUCUUUGGCAGCGGGGACACCGUGGAGCUGAGCUGCCACUGGCCCGCGGGGGCUCCCUCAGGGCCCACGGUCUGGGUGAAGGACGGCGUGGGGCUGGCGCCCUCAGAUCGCAUCCUGGUGGGGCCGCAGCGGCUGCAGGUGCUCAACGUCUCCCAUGAGGACGCCGGGGCCUACAGCUGCCGCCAGCGCCUCACGCAGAGUGUCCUGUGCCACUUCACCGUGCGCGUGACAGAUGCUCCGUCCUCAGGAGACGAUGAAGAUGGGGAAGACGAAGCUGAAGACACAGCAGGGGCCCCUUACUGGACACGGCCCGAGCGGAUGGACAAGAAGCUGCUGGCGGUGCCGGCGGCCAACACGGUUCGCUUCCGCUGCCCAGCCGCCGGCAACCCCACCCCGUCCAUCUCCUGGCUGAAGAAUGGCAAGGAGUUCCGAGGCGAGCACCGCAUCGGGGGCAUCAAGCUGCGGCACCAGCAGUGGAGCCUGGUCAUGGAGAGCGUGGUGCCUUCGGACCGCGGCAACUACACGUGCGUCGUGGAGAACAAGUUCGGCAGCAUCCGGCAGACGUACACUCUGGACGUGCUGGAGCGCUCCCCGCACCGGCCUAUCCUGCAGGCGGGGCUGCCCGCCAACCAGACGGCGGUGCUGGGCAGCGACGUGGAAUUCCACUGCAAGGUGUACAGCGACGCGCAGCCCCACAUCCAGUGGCUCAAGCACGUGGAGGUGAACGGCAGCAAAGUGGGGCCCGACGGCACACCCUAUGUCACGGUGCUCAAGACGGCGGGCGCUAACACCACCGACAAGGAGCUAGAGGUUCUGUCCUUGCGCAAUGUCACCUUUGAGGACGCGGGGGAGUACACGUGUCUGGCGGGCAAUUCUAUCGGGUUUUCCCAUCACUCUGCGUGGCUGGUGGUGCUGCCAGCUGAGGAGGAGCUGGUGGAGGCUGGUGAGGCUGGCAGUGUGUACGCAGGUGUCCUCAGCUACGGGGUGGGCUUCCUCCUCUUCAUCCUGGUGGUGGCCGCUGUGACCCUCUGCCGCCUGCGCAGCCCCCCCAAGAAGGGCCUGGGCUCGCCCGCCGUGCACAAGGUCUCCCGCUUCCCGCUCAAGCGACAGGUAACAGUGUCCUUGGAGUCCAGCUCGUCCAUGAGCUCCAACACGCCGCUGGUGCGGAUCGCCCGGCUGUCCUCGGGGGAGGGCCCCGCGCUGGCCAACGUCUCUGAGCUCGAGCUGCCCGCCGACCCCAAGUGGGAGCUGUCCCGGGCCCGGCUGACUCUGGGCAAGCCUCUCGGGGAGGGCUGCUUCGGCCAGGUGGUCAUGGCAGAGGCUAUCGGCAUCGACAAGGACCGGGCUGCCAAGCCCGUCACGGUGGCGGUGAAGAUGCUGAAAGAUGACGCCACAGAUAAGGACCUGUCGGACCUGGUGUCCGAGAUGGAGAUGAUGAAGAUGAUCGGGAAACACAAGAACAUCAUCAACCUGCUGGGCGCCUGCACGCAGGGCGGGCCCCUGUACGUGCUGGUGGAGUACGCGGCCAAGGGCAACCUGCGGGAGUACCUGCGGGCGCGGCGGCCCCCGGGCACGGACUACUCCUUCGACACUUGCCGGCUGCCCGAGGAGCAGCUCACCUUCAAGGACCUGGUUUCCUGCGCCUACCAGGUGGCGCGGGGCAUGGAGUACCUCGCCUCGCAGAAGUGCAUCCACAGGGACCUGGCCGCCCGCAACGUGCUGGUGACCGAGGACAACGUGAUGAAGAUCGCGGACUUUGGCCUGGCCCGCGACGUGCACAACCUCGACUACUACAAGAAGACCACCAAUGGCCGCCUGCCCGUGAAGUGGAUGGCGCCCGAGGCCUUGUUUGACCGCGUCUACACCCACCAGAGUGACGUCUGGUCCUUCGGUGUCCUGCUCUGGGAGAUCUUCACGCUGGGGGGCUCGCCGUACCCCGGCAUCCCCGUGGAGGAGCUCUUCAAGCUGCUGAAGGAAGGCCACCGCAUGGACAAGCCGGCCAACUGCACACACGAUCUGUACAUGAUCAUGCGUGAGUGCUGGCACGCCGUGCCCUCCCAGAGGCCCACCUUCAAGCAGCUGGUGGAAGACCUGGACCGCGUGCUCACUGUUACAUCCACCGAUGAGUACCUCGACCUGUCGGUGCCCUUCGAGCAGUACUCGCCGGGCGGCCAGGACACCCCCAGCUCCGGCUCCUCAGGGGACGACUCUGUGUUCGCCCAUGACCUGCUGCCCCCGGCCCCGCCAGGCAGCGGGGGCUCGCGGACGUGAAGGGCCGCGGCCUGCGGGCCAAGCCCCCAUCAACGUGAGAGCGGACCCCAGCCUGCCGUGCUGCCACUGGUGUGCCGUGACCAACGGGUCUCACCGGCCUGGGCUCAAGACCUGGAACAGGUGGACAGAUGGACAGACAACUUCCACAUGUGUGCAUGUGUGCACUCGUGUGUGCUCGGGGUCCCCGGCGUGCCCGCCCUGCUGUAUGGUGACCUCCUGGCCACCUGGGCCGGCAGCACCGGUGGACCGGACGUAGAAUGUAAGGGGCUUCUCCCGUGGGGUCCCUCCCCAGGCUCCCCUGACCCCCGCUGCCACCCCACAGGGAGCAUCGGGGUGGGCCGGGCUCCAGUGUCCAGAGUGGGCUGAGGCCCCCCCUCCAAGUGCCCAAGCUGAGCCUACAGGGAAGCCCCCGUGUGGCACCUUGCGCCUGGGGUGAGUGUUAGCGGCUCCCCACCUCCAGGCCUCCCCACUUCCCACCUUGACCCUCAGAGACUGAAAUUACGGGUACUUGAAGGCGGGAGCCUUUAACUUCUAUCCGAAAGGUGUAUUCCAGAAAUGAGUGUACAUUUAUAUAAAUAGAUGCUGUGUAUAUGAUAUACACAUACAUAUAUAUAUAAAUAUCUAUAUGGAAGAGGCAGGCUGGUACAACUGAGGCACGGGGCCCUGAGGGUGCAGGGGCCGGGGUGCCCUAGUCGAGCGAGGCGCCCUGGGGGCUCGCUGUUGAGACGCAAAAACCAGCAGAGGUUGGAGGGGCUUUUCUGGCACCGCAGUUUUGUUUUAAAAAUUGUUCCUGGACCUGUAUGUUUGUAAAGCUAUUUAUCGACCCCCAGAGCCUGUGUCCCCGUCACUCCCCAGGCUCCUAGCGUUCAGCCAGCUGCACGGCAGAGGCUUAAGUUUUAACUUAUUAACAGUGAGAUGGUUUAUGCUUUGUUUAGGGGCAUUGCUGAGGGUGUGUCCAGCCCACACCCCAAGGCCAGAGCCAGCCCCCGGCACCCUAAAGGGUCGUUAACAGUUCGAGAUGAUUCCGAGGGGACAUUUUAUUCCCUUUGGCCUUCUUUUGCAGAAGAAGUAGAUUUCUAUAGGAGUUUUCUUUAGGAGAUUUAUGUUUUUAGACUUCAAAGCAAGCUGGUAUUUUCAUACAGGUUCUUCUAAUUGCCACGUGUUCCAGGCAGGGAGGCAGUUUCGGGGCGGGGGGGCAGCCCUGCAUGCAGGUUCAGAUGUUAGAUGUUACAAGUUUAUAUAUAUCUAUAUAUAUAAUUUAUUGAGUUUUUACAAGACGUAGAUUUAACACUUCUUACGCAACGCUUCUAGACUUUUGUAGCCCGGACUGCUACCUUUCAAAGCUUGGGAGAGAAAGCCACAAAUUCAGUUUUGUUACUUUUUGUACUGUUAAUGGCCCUGAGUUUGGGCGGCUGUUCUCUGCUUGUCAGCGGGCUCAGGGUGGUCUCGGUUCUCAGGGCCCCCAGCCUUGUGGGGGCCAAAGGUGUUGGCCCAAACCAGCAGACGUGCUUUCCAAAAAAUAAACAGACAACUGGUUCAGA